AGAAUGAAGUUUUUAUUACAAGUUGUUUCUGCUAUACGUACUAAUAAUGUCCGUAAGAUACCACAGCAUGAUCCAACACUACUGGAACACAUGAAGAAGGUACUACGAGGACUCUUGUCAGGUUCAUUGAAUGAGUCUCAGGCAAUCAAUUUGAGUUUCUCGGAGUUACUUGAGGCCAGUGGCAAAGGAGGCUACUGGAAUACAACCAAAUCAUUAACUGAUCUCUCUCUUACUAAUAGUGGGUCUACUCCUAGUGGGUCUGGUCCUGCUCCUGUUGUUGAUGAUGGUAAAGAUGAUAAAUGGAUUGUAUCAUUAUCACUGGAGCAACAGAUGAACACUGACAUAAGGAGGACUGUAUUCUCUGUUAUUAUGAGCAGCGAAGAUUAUGUUGAUGCUUUUGAAAAGCUGGUGAAGCUUCGCCUUAAGAGCAUCCAAGAGAGAGAGAUAGUGUUUGUCAUUGUCCAUUGCUCCUUACAAGAAAAUCCUUUUAAUCCAUUUUAUGGAUAUCUGAGUCAAAAGCUUAUCAAAUAUAAGAGAGACCAUCAAGUAACAUUUCAGUAUUGUUUAUGGGAUCAUUUGAAAACCUUAUCUUCUCUUACUUCGACCCAACGCCUCAAUCUCCAGUGUCUCUUAUCUCACCUCAUCAGGGAUCGGUCUCUAUCCCUCUCAGUUCUAAGAGUGGUUGAGUAUGCAGGUAUGAGUAAGGUUGAAGUAGAGUUUCACAAGUCUCUUCUAGUGAUGAUAUUCAGUGGCCUAUCUGAUCAGCAGCUCACGAAUUUUGUUUGUUCAAUGGGUGAAAAUAGGAAGGAUUUUGUGAAGAAUUUGUAUCAUUUCGUAAGGAAACAGUCGCAGGAAAAGAACACCAAAACAUCACGGAAUAUUUUUAAAAGAUUAGAGGAGUUGCUGAUAGAGACAAUAGAAUAUUAAUUGUAUUACCUUGUUACAUAAAUGUGGAUUUUUUGACAGGAUAAAAUUUCAACUAUUUCAUGCACCA